AUGUUUAAGGAAGGGGACAUUAUGAUAGGUGGAAUUUUUCCUAUAUUUAACAAACAGGAGAAUAUUCUUGCUUCAUUUGAAAACAAACCACCUAAAGCUGAAUGUAAAGGAUUUGACUUACGAGCAUUUCGCUGGACUAGAACCAUGAUGUUUGCAAUAGAUGAAAUAAAUAGAGAUGAUAAUUUGCUUCCUAACAUCACUCUAGGGUAUAAAAUUUUAGACUCUUGUGCCUCUCCUACCAAUGUUUUGCGAGCUGCCCUCACUCUGGCGAGCAUGUCAGAGAAAAAUAAAUCUUUCUCUCAAUGUUAUCCACCUCCCCUAUCAGCUAUUGUAGCUGAAUCAGGAUCUACCCAGUCAUUAGUUGUGGCUGGGGCACUUGGACCAUUCAGAGUACCAAUGGUGAGUUACUUUUCAACAUGUGAAUGUUUAAGUGACAAAAAUAAAUAUCCCACAUUUUUCCGAACAAUACCAAGUGACUAUUACCAGGCAAAGGCUUUGGCUUUCCUUGUCAAAAGGUUUGGAUGGACAUGGAUUGGAGUUUUACAGUCUGACAAUGAUUAUGGACGAAAUGGGAUAUCAGCAUUCACAAAAGAAGUGCAGGCAUUUGGUGUAUGCAUUUCAUUUGUUGGCACAAUUCUGCGGACAUAUCCCCAAAGUAAAAUCCUUGAAAUUGUUGAACUGAUAAAACAAUCAACCGUCAAAGUCAUCCUUGCAUUUGUGCCAGAGGGAGAUCUCUACCCUUUAAUGAAAGAAGUGGUAAAACAAAACAUUAUAGGAAUACAGUGGAUUGCAAGCGAAGCCUGGAUAACUGCAGACAGACCAUCCACUCCAGAAAUGUUCAAAUCUUUUGGAGGAACAAUAGGAUUUGUGGUCCGAAAGAUGGCCAUGCCCAAACUGGGACCAGUUCUCAAGCAUAUCAGCCCUUAUUAUGAAUCAGAGUCUAGUUUUGUCAGUGAUUUCUGGGAAACAAUUGUAAGUGAGCAGUUGAAAAAAGUACAUUUUGUGGACGCAUUUGGAGAGGCAGUGUUCUUUGACAAGAAUGGAGACCCCCCUGCCUCAUAUGAAGUAAUAAACUGGCAGCUGAAAGAAGGACAAACACCAAAAGCUGUUUGCUCAGAAAUCUGUCCACAAGGCACAAGGAAAGCACAAAUCAAAGGAUUGCCUCUAUGCUGUUUUGACUGUAUCCCAUGCACUGAUGGAUCUAUAUCAAAUACAACAGCAGAUUGCAUCACCUGCCCUGAAGAGUACUGGUCUAAUGAAAGAAAAGACAGCUGCAUCAUGAAAACAACAGAGUUUCUUUCAUACAUUGAAACAAUGGGGAUUGUUCUAAUAUCCUUGUCACUAUUUGGUGCUUGUUUAGCAUUUUCUACUAUGGUGAUUUUCAUAUAUUUCAGAGACACGCCAAUAGUAAAAGCAAAUAAUUCAGAGCUGAGCUUACUUUUACUUCUUUCUCUUAUAUUUUGCUUCCUCUGUCCUCUCACAUUCAUUGGCAAGCCCACAGUUUGGUCCUGCAUGUUGCGUCAUAUAGCAUUUGGUAUCACCUUUGCUCUUUGCAUUUCCUGUAUCUUGGGAAAAACCAUAGUUGUGGUAACUGCCUUCAGAGCAACACUACCUGGGAAAAAUCUUGCAGGAAAUUUUGGGCCACUUCAACAAAGGGCCAUUGUGUCUUCAUCCACUGUAGUUCAAAUAGUUAUUUGUAUUAUUUGGCUAAAUGUUGCACCACCAUUCCCUGAUAAAGUCUUUGAGCAACAGAGUAAAAAAAUAAUCUUAGAAUGUAACACAGGCUCAGAUGCUGCAUUUUAUGCAGUUCUAGGAUACAUUGGUCUUCUUGCUGUUAUUUGCUUGGUCCUAGCCUUUUUAGCCAGAAAGCUACCUGAUAAUUUUAAUGAAGCCAAAUUCAUCACAUUUAGUAUGCUUAUAUUCUGUGCGGUUUGGAUCACCUUUAUUCCAGCUUAUGUCAGCUCUCCUGGAAAGUAUACAGUAGCUGUAGAAAUAUUUGCAAUUUUAUCAUCUGCCUUUGGCCUACUCUUAUGCAUUUUUGCACCAAAGUGUUACAUCAUUUUAAUCAAACCAGAGAGAAACACAAGAAAACAUGUAAUGGGAAAAAAUCCAAAAGUUACUUAA